UUUUUUUGUUUUUUUUGGCCGAAAGCGGAAGUUGUUGGCUAACGUGGACAUGGGACAAAAGAGCCUCGCUUCUAGCGGUGCUACGGUAAAAGAAUUGUUACGGUCAGCGUAAUUAAACAACAGAGCCGCCAGGAGUUCAGCCAUGGAAGUGCCUUGCUAUCUGUCCAAACUACUGUUCGAGCUCAAUGAGCAACGGAAGCGUGACUUCUUCUGUGACUGCAGCAUCCUUGUUGAAGGCCGUGUCUUCAAGGCGCAUCGGAAUGUCUUGUUUGCAGGAAGCGGUUAUUUUCGAGCUCUUCUCGUUCACUAUCUACAGGACAGCGGACAGCGCUACAGCACAGCGUCGUUGGACAUCGUGACAGCUGACGCCUUCUCUGUUAUUCUGGACUUCCUCUACUCUGGACGCCUGGCUCUGAACAGGAGCAAUGUCAUCGAGGUGAUGUCAGCAGCCAGCUACCUGCAGAUGACGGAUCUGGUGAACUUCUGCAAAGAGUACAUCCGGUCGUCUUUGGAAAUCUGCAGCAAGGAGAAGGAGAGGAACACGGAGAAAGAGAAUCAGAUAGAGGAUGGAGGAAUGGGUCCUGCAGACAGUGGCACUCCUUCUGCAACAAUUUCCAGUGGUGCUGGGGUUGCAGAGCCUCAUUCACAGAUCUCAGAGGCGGAUAGAGGGUCAGGUUUAGGUCAGGAGUCUGUUACAUCAGGUAGAACACCUUUGUCCAUUGUUGUCACCACCCCUCCAGGCGCUACCAGGGAUAUGGACACCUCCUAUCCCUCUCGGGAAGAGUUUGCACCUGGGAGUGAAGGGCAGAAGGGACAUAUGGAUCAGACUAAUCUCUCAUCAUCCUCAUCCUCUGCUCUGACUCCAGAGUUGGUGAACCCUAAGAUAGAAUAUGACCCUGAUGAAGAGCUUAUGGAGUCACCAGACACCAAAGUCAUCACAUCCUAUCCUGGGCCUCCUCUGCACAAUACUCAUCAUAGCAGGCUGCUUCCCCCAAGUCCUUCUCCAUCUAACGAACGCUCCCCCUUGGGAUACAGCUCAUCCUUUAAUGCUAGGCAGCUGAUGGAGGCGCUGGCCAGAGGUGAAGGUCCCAACUCUUUGGGGGACAGAGUAGGGCAGCGCUUCACCCAAGGGCUGGGUAGCAGCACUGGAGGAAGCAGAAUGGACGAAGGUCUGGGAUUUGUAGGAUCAUCAAUUAUGGAGAUCCAGUCUGAUUGGCUUGGAGAGGACACAGGUGAUGGCUUAGUAGUGCCAGUGAAACUCCACAAGUGCCCCUUCUGCCCAUACACUGCCAAGCAGAAGGGGAUCAUGAAGAGGCACAUACGUUGCCACACAGGAGAGAGGCCAUUCCCCUGCCCCAUGUGUGGCAAGAGGUUCACACGACAGGAGCACCUACGCAGCCACGCCCUUAGUGUCCACAGACACUACUGGCCGGUGUCAUGCAAGAGCUGCAGACGAAACUUCACUGGUUCUAGCGUUUCACCCGGACUCAGACGCUUCGGCAUCUGUGAUAGCUGCAACUGUGUGACCACCACUCACGAUGAAACAGCCCCUGUUCACCCUUCCAGCCAGUCAGAGCCUGUGGAACGAGCAGACGGCAGUACGGAUUGGUCCAGCUUUAUAGAUGAGGUGGACGAGGUGGAGGUCGGCAGAGUGGAAGACUUAGUGGAGAAACAGAUGCUUGAAAGACAGCUGGCUGUCUGCAGUGAUGUAGUUCACGCGUUGUGAAUUCAGUCAGUUAUACCCAGGAAGAAAGUCUUUCUCUGAACUUGCUGUCUGAGCUAGUGUGUCAUGCCAAAGUGUAGUACUGGACACGUUGGGGUUGUAGUUUGGUGUGUAUGCUUGUCAGAUUUCAUCACAUUUGUGCAAGAUGGCGUCACAGAUCUUUAGUCAGAGGCUAUGUGUCAUGGCUAGUGCGAUUCCCAUCAGGGUGAUCUCUAGUUAGUAUUAUUUACUGUAAGAUGAUUUAUUUAUUAACUAAUUUGUAUUUUAAAUCUUUGAGUUUUGCAGAUAUUUUACUCCAGUAACUUGCUUGACUGGAACUAGGUUCAGUGAUUGUGUAUGCGUGUGUAUGUGUUUUUCUUUCUUUUACUUAUUACUGUGGUCUUUCCUUUCUUAUAUUUGCACAACUGAUAAAACCAAAUGUGUUUGUGUGUGUGUGUGUGUGUGUGUGUGUGUGUGUGUGUGUGUGUGUGUGUGUGUGUGUGUGUGUGUGUGUGUGUGUGUGUGUGUGUGUGUGUGUGUGUGUCUGUCUGACUGUGUGUCUUGUAUGUAAGAAGAAUGCACCCAUCCAGCUGGAUUUCUGAAUAUACAGAGGACAGACAAAGCGUCUUCUCAAAUGUUUUGCUUUGUCCAGAAAAUAACACUUUGUGUAUGAAAACAGUCUUGUGGAUGUAGAGGGGCCACUGGAGUUAUCACUGCAAUAAAUGUGUUCUCAAACUGUG